CCACAGCCAUAUGGUAGCUCUUGACUCCGCCUCUUUGAGCAAUAGCGCCGUUACAGUGAGUGGAGAUGUACAGAGCUCACAGCCAGCGUUCACACUCACACGCCUGAGUCUAAACCCUGCUUCUGCUAUUUUCUCCUAACAGAACGAUCUUUUGACAGCUGUUCAUUGCAAGGAUGGAUGAGUUACAGGAUGUGCAGCUGACCGAGAUUAAGCCCCUUCUGACAGACAAAAACGGCCGAAACUUUCAAGAUUUCGACUGCCAGGAGCAUGACAUUGAGACCCCCCACGGUGUUCUCCAUGUCACUUUGAGAGGAACACCUAAAGGCAACCGGCCCGUGAUCCUUACAUACCAUGACAUAGGCCUUAACCAUAAGUCAUGCUUCAACACACUUUUUAACUUUGAAGAUAUGCAGGAAAUCACACAGCAUUUUGCCGUGGCUCAUGUCGAUGCUCCAGGUCAGCAGGAGAAUGCAGCACCUUUCCCUACUGGGUAUCAGUACCCUACGAUGGAUCAGCUAGCUGAGAUGCUGCCCUCAGUCAUGACCCACUUAAAGAUCAACAGUGUGAUUGGGAUUGGUGUUGGUGCUGGAGCAUACAUUCUCACCAGACUGGCGCUGAAUCAGCCUACACUGGUAGAGGGACUGGUUCUUAUUAAUGUGGACCCGUGUGCAAAAGGAUGGAUGGACUGGGCUGCUUCAAAGUUGUCAGGAUGGACCAGCAACCUGGUGGACAUCGUGAUGGGACAUCAUUUCAGCACAGAUGAGCUGACAGAAAACCAGGAGAUCAUUCAGACAUACCGUCUGCACAUCGCUCAGGACAUGAACCAGGACAACCUGGCACUGUUCUGCAACUCCUACAACAGCCGCAGAGAUCUUGAGAUUGAGAGGCCAGUCAUAGGGCUUAAUGAGGAAACUGUCAACACUCUGAAGUGUCCUGCGUUGCUAAUUGUUGGUGAUACCUCUCCAGCUGUGGAGGCCGUUGUUGAAUGUAACUCGAGGUUAAACCCCACAAAGACCACCCUUCUGAAGAUGGCAGAUUGUGGUGGCCUACCCCAAGUUGUACAACCUGGUAAACUUGCUGAGGCCUUCAAGUACUUUGUCCAGGGCAUGGGUUACAUCCCCCAUGUGCUCCUCAGCCAUCUGAACAGCGAAGCAGUGCCCACUGCCAGUAUGACGCGCUUGGCACGCUCUCGUACCCACUCAGCUUCCAGCAUGAACUCUGUGGAAGGCGCACGUAGCCGCACUCACAAUAACUCCCAGGCGGAUGGCGCUGCUGCCAGCCCAGGUCCUGAGUGCAAAGCCAGACCACAAACCAUGGAGGUGUCCUGCUAAAUCUGAUCUUAAACUGCCUCUAAUUCUGUAUCAUUAUGCCACAUUCUCUCGCAUAUCUUUUCUCAUAAUCCUGAAACCAGUCUUCUGGUGUAACGAAACAAUGCAAAGUAUGACUAUUGAAAUACAUUCACAAUCUGUACGACUUGUUUUUUUUUUUUAUUUAAGUCUUAAUCAGGUCCUGAUAUGAGGAUGGAUAAAAGUCUCUUGGAUGGAUGGAUAAUGUCUCUUGGCUUGGAUAGAAGCAUUUCCAGCUCAGAAACUAUUGCUUUUUCAUACUAUAGAGAAGACCAAAUCACAUCCCACGUCUCUGCGUCCAUCCGUUCAUUCCAUCUGGUUCCUGCGCAGCAUCAUGCACUUGUAUAUGUUUUUUUUUUUUCUUCUGUUGAUAACAGCUUUCUGUACUCCUGUGAAGAUUCUGUGCUUUGUGAAUAUAUCAGUUUCCAGAUUGCAGAAUAGUUGUUACCCUUGUUUUCCUGUACAUUCUCACAAAAAAAAAAUCUACUGAUAAGCAUGUCCUUUUUAAUGUAACUUAAUGGAAAACGUAUAUUGGGAUUUGUUUUGUGUUUGUGGUUUUGUUUUGUUUUUUUGUUCUGAAGUUCUUGCAAAUACUGUAGACCUCAACCACCCAUGGGGCAACUUUGCACUGUAACACAGAUGUUUUGAGAUAUUUCAACCAGAACACACUAUUUCUGGCAUAGCUGCCUUUCAAUAAAAUCCUAUGACUUCUAGGUAAACACUAUACAUUUGGAGAGAAUGGCAGAACAACCAACUUUGCAUACACAUUUGUCUCUAUAGCCUAUUGAGAAAGGAAACCGGAGACAUGAUCAUUCGUUAGAAUCUCAGUAGAUGUAGUGAAUUUAAUAAUUGAGUCUAUACACUCCCUGCAAACAUAAAUACUGACAAAGGGUUAUGGUUUUAACUUAUUCCACCCCCAUGUACAGUGGAUAGAUAUUCCAAUUUACUUGAAAUCUACUGAUUACUUACUCUAUUAGAUUUUGUAGCUAUAUUAUUAUUAUUACUGUUUAUAAAUACUACUAUUAUAUGGUUUCUUGAAUGUGUAUUCAUUGUUGCUCUUUGAUUGUACUGCCUUGAGUGAGCUUGUGACACCAGGCUUUGUCCUCCCAGCAUAUAGGGGGCACUAUACUUCUGCUGAGUGUAUUGAUUUGUAAUAAUUAAUAAAGUUAGAGGUUAUACAAUAAA